UGCAGGCAUUGUACAACAUAGGUGCACUUACAUAUAUGCAGACUCCUUGGAAAAUGGCUCUACUAUAGAUGGUAGAAAUAAAGUUUAUUCUUUUCAACAUAGAAAACACUCAGGAAAGAUGGCUAAAUUAGCCUCAGAACUAGCAGAAACACCAAGAAAAAAUGUUUCAUUUGACUUAAAGAAUGAUCCUGAAAUUAUGAUAAACACUGCUCAAAAAAGCAAGGGGCACUCUACUUCAGAGAAAGUUCAGCUGAAGAACAAUGACAAAGAUGAAUCUCUGCCAACACCGUCUCGUAGUCUAAGAAAAAGAGUAAUAGUGCCAAAGUCUCAUUCUGACAGUGAAAGUGAAUAUUCCACUUCCAAUUCAGAGGACGAUGAAGGGGUUGCAAAGAGCUAUGAAGAAGACACUAAUGCAGUCAUGCUUAAUCAGAAGAUUCAAACUCAGAAUAGAGUACUCUCAGCUUCUAUUUCCAAAGGAACACCUCCUAAGAAAAUGAAAAAAGACAAAACAAGUGACUUAGUAGAAGAAUAUUUUGAAGCUCACAGCAGUUCAAAAGUUUUAACCUCUGAUAGAACACUGCAGAAGCUAAAGAGAACUAAGCUGGAUCAGGUAUGUUAUAAGGAAUGUUAUUUCUAAAUUUUGUUUAUUGUCUCCUAAUUGUAUUAAUUCAA